AUGGGUGGUAUUGGCAAAACCACCCUCGCUCAGCUUGUAUACAACAACAAGUUAGUGACGGAGUGUUUUGAUGUCAAAGCAUGGAUUUUCGUUUCUCAAGAAUUUGAUGUACGUAGGAUUAUGAGAGAGAUUCUUGAGGCAAUCACUUCCUCGACUGUUGAUACUAACAACUUAGAUCAACUCCAACUUCAGGUGACCAAAAAUCUUGUCGGAAGGAAAUUUCUGAUUGUGUUGGAUGAUGUAUGGAAUGAAAACUACUUGGAUUGGGAUGCCUUACGGAUUUGUUUUAAAUCAGGGGCAGAUGGAAGUAGGCUUCUUGUAACAACACGAAACGAAAGUGUUGCUUCAAUUCUACGCACAGUCACAUCGUAUCAUUUAAAGAAAUUGACAGACGGGGAUUGCUGGACGUUAUUUGCAAAGCAUGCAUUUGGAAACAAAAAGUCUAUCGCAAGCCCAGAGUUGGAAAUAAUUGGUAGGAAUAUAGUCAAGAAAAAGUGCAAUGGCUUGCCUUUAGCUGCAAAAACAUUUGGGGGUCUCUUGCGCUUGAAGUUGGAUCCUAAGGAAUGGGUUAAGAUAUUGCAGAGCAAUAUAUGGAACUUUUCAAACCGUGAGAGCAAAAUUCUCCCUUCUCUUCUAUCAAGUUACCAUUAUCUUCCCUCACAUCUAAAGCGAUGUUUUGCUUAUUGUUCAAUAUUUCCUAAAAACUUCAAAUUUCAAAAAGAGGAAUUAGUGCGCCUCUGGAUGGCAGAAGAUUUGUUGCUGCACCCUAAAGGAGAGAAUCUGGAAGAAGUAGGUGCAGAGUACUUUGAUGCCCUGGUAUCAAGUUCAUUUUUUCAGCGUUCCCAUGGCAAGAGUUCACGCUAUGUUAUGCAUGAGCUUUUGAAUGAUUUAGCCAAAUUUGUCUCUGGAGAAUUUUCUUUUAGAAUGGAGGAUGAUAAUUCAUACGACAUGUCAGAAAAGACUCGUUAUUUGUCUUAUCAUAGAACUCAUUUUGAUGCUAACAGGAAAUUUGAAGGCUUUCAUAGAGCUAAGGGUUUGCGAACCUUUCUACUAUCACAUUUGUCAUUAGAAUCAGGAUGGUUAGGUAAUGAAGUUCCACUUGAUUCACUACUAGAAAUGAGAAGCUUAAGGGUAUUAUCUCUAACUCAUUAUUGGAAUUUGACAGUAUUGCCAAACUCAAUUUGCAAUUUGAAACAUUUAAGAUAUUUAAACCUCUCUCACACUGCAAUCAAAGUAUUACCAAACUCUAUGUGUGAUCUAUUCAAUUUGCAAACAUUACUAUUAUCAUGUUGUCAUUCUCUCACUAAGUUGCCAGCCAAGAUGGGAGAGCUAGUCAACUUGCGUCAUCUUGAUAUAAGUGGAACAAACUUGAUAGAGAUGCCACCGCGUAUUGGUAAAUUGAAAAGUCUCCAAACAUUAAGUGCUUUUAUUUUGGGCAAGAAUGGUGACUCUGGUAUCAAUGAGUUGAGGAAACUCCGACAACUUAAGGGAAGCCUUUCUGUUUUGAAGUUGGAAAAUGCUGUCCAUUAUGGAGAUGAUUUGGAGGCCAAUUUGAAUGAUAAAUUGCAACUUAAUGAAUUAUUGUUGAAAUGGGGUGGGCAUACCGUCGAUACCGAUGACUCCAAAAAAGAUAGAGAAAUAUUAGACCAACUGCAACCUCAUGCAGACCUGAAAAAGCUUACCAUUAUAAAUUAUGGUGGCACAGCAUUUCCAUGUUGGUUAGGACAUGUAUCCUACAAUUUAGUAUCUAUAAACCUUCGGAAAUGUAACUAUUGCCUCUCCUUGCCACCAUUUGGAAAUUUGCCCUCUCUCAAGUACCUCUAUAUUACGGAAUUAAAUAAUGUAGAGUUUAUUGAUUCUGAGUUUUAUGGGCCUGCUGCAUCUACUAGCAAGCCAUUUGGAUCACUAGAAACUUUGCAAUUGAGGAAGAUGUUGCAAUUGCGGGAAUGGCAUCAUUUUAGAGAUAAUGAUGGAGGUGCAGUGGCUUUUCCUCAUCUCCAACAUCUUUAUAUUCAAAAUUGUCCUAACCUGACCAAGGGUCUUCCUGAUGGUCUUUUUUCUUUAAAAACACUUGUGAUUGAUCAGUGUCAGCAGCUUAGGGCUUCACUUCCAAGUGCUCCAGACAUCCGUGAAUUGAAGUUACAAAAAUGUCAUAAGGUGUCGUUCAAUGAAUUACCACCUCAAGUGCUAAAGCUCACAAUUGGUGGAUAUGAGGGCUUGGCGUCCUUACCACCUAUCUUGUUUCCUCUUAGCAGUGGUAUAGCUGAUACAUUAAAGUCUCUUCAUCUUGAGCGUUGUGGGAAAUUGUUGUUUCCAAUGCACCAGUGCUAUGCAUCCCUUGAGAAUUUGUGCAUAAUAUGUAGUUGUGAUUCUCUAGAGUUAUUUUCAUUAGACUUAUUCCCAAAGCUGAAUCACCUUGAUAUCCAGGAAUGUCAGAGUCUUCUGUCCCUUGCAGUUUCAAAUCAAGGACUGCUUCAAAAUCUCAAAUCUUUACAAAUCAGUAACUGUUCGAGUUUUGUUUCUUUUCCCGAAGAGGGACUGCCUGCCCCCAACCUGACCAUGUUUCGCGUUUAUAAAUGUAACAAAUUGAAGGCACUGCCUAAAAAGAUGCAAACCCUGCUCCCAUCACUGGCAACUUUGAUUUUGUGGCAUUGCCCAGAACUCAAUUCACUUCCAGAAGGGGGUUUGCCAUCCAGUUUAAAUUCACUUGAUAUCUGUUUUUGUGACAAACUCACUGCUGGUCACACGUCGUGGGGUUUGCAGGGACUGCCCUCUCUUAGAAGCUUCUGCAUCAGGGGUGAAUAUGAAAAUUGGAAUUCCUUUCCAGAUAGGGGGUUUCUGCCCUCUUCUCUUAUAUCCCUUGAAAUCUGGAAUCUUCAACAUUUGAAAUCUCUGGUUGGUGAUGAACUUCAGCAUCUUACUGCACUUAAGAAAUUGGGUAUUGGCUGCUGCCCAAAUCUGCAGUGCAUGCCAGAAGAUGGUCUGCCAACUUCCCUAUCUUUUAUAAAAGUCCAGAAAUGUCCAAUGCUGAAAAACCUGUGCCCCAAGAUAAAGGGUAUACCCCUCAUAAAAAUUGACAAAGAAGUGAUCUCACAAGGUGAAAGUCUGUGGUAG